AUGUCGUCAACGUUGUCCCGCUUUGUUCCAGCAUUUAAGCCACCAAGCUCGGAUCAGAUCAAAAGAUUCGUCGACCAAGUGGCCUCCAUAGACCGUCUGCUAGUUCUCACUGGUGCCGGAGUCUCAACAGCGUCAGGCAUUCCCGACUACCGUUCGGAGAAGAUAGGCCUUUUCGAACGUAGCAACCAUCGCCCUAUCACCAUACAAGAGUUUCUUGGCUCUGAAUCCGCUAGGAAACGAUAUUGGUCACGCAAUUUCUUAGCGUGGCCGAAUUUUUCACGUGCAAAGUGUAAUGAGGCACAUCGUGCGAUCGCAUCAUGGGAAAGAUCAGAUAAAUUUGUGUGGUUGAUCACUCAAAAUGUCGACGGUCUCCAUGCUAAAGAAGAUCAUCAAACUCGUUUGGAGGAGCUCAAUGCUGAAUGGAUGAGAACUCAUGUAGCCGGAGAAAUCGCUCCCGAUGGUGAUGUGGAACUCGAGGAAGGAGCUCAUGAGACUUUUGUUCUGCCGGAAUGUCAAAAAUGUGGUGGAGUUCUAAAAACGGAUGUUGUGUUCUUUGGAGAUAACGUAGCUUCAGAAGAUGUGGAUACCUGUUAUGAGAAGGUAGAGCAGUGUACAGGCGUGCUGGUGCUUGGCUCAUCGUUGACGGUAAUGUCAGGAUUUCGAUUCCCUUACCACGCUAGUCUGAUGGGAAAACCGGUGCUCAUAGUGAAUAUAGGCCCAACUCGAGCUGACAGUUUUGCCGAAAUGCGAAUUAGUGCUCCAGUAACGGAUAUUGUUACAAAAUUGUAA